CCCUCCUAACUAUCAGGUGCACAUCCCCUGCGAUCGUCGACGUCCAGAAUGCACUGCUAAGGUAUCUCCUGAGCCGGCGGAAGACAGGAAAUGGCAGGGGCAGGGUUACCCUCAAUGUAAAGCGUGUGCUCUGCCUCUGACAAUCACGCCUGAGUACGUCAAAGCAUCCAUGGCCCAAGGGAGUCCGAGGAAAAGAUGGAUCCAUCAAGAGAAGGCGGCGCGCAGUCCGCGGAUUCAGCCGCAGCUGCCCUGGCCGCAGAUACAGGUAGCGUCAUCGCUUUCUUGACGCAAGUGCUCGGGAGCAGUGAAGGGCUGAAACCAGAGGAGCAGGCAAAUCUACAGCGAUUCUGGCAUGCGUUGCAGGUCAAGCUCAAUGGCCCAGCGGCUGCGGCGUCUCCUUCGCAGCAGUCGCUGAGAGAGCAAGAUCUGACUGCUUUGCUUCAAAAGCUUAUGAGCCAACAAGAAGCGCAGCGCAACCAGACGAUAAGCAACAUCAGCAAUAACAGGAGCAGCAGCCGUAACCACUCUGCUUUAGAUCCUGCACAAAAACUUCGUGGCGCUCAUAGCGGUAAUGACAGCAACAGUCACUACCCAGCGAAUGCCACUACUGGUCCGGCCGGCAUGCCCAUCUUGAACACUGCACAUCCUAUACAACGGACUUCCACCAGCGGUAAUCCAUCGAAUUCUUCUGGACUCUCUACCUCGCAUAUUUCUUCUUCGCCUAUGCAACGCCAGCCUCUGGGUCAUUUACAAGGAAGUGGUGGGCUUCCCUUCAUGAUGAUGGAUUUUGAGGAAGAGCAAGAGGACGAUGACCCCGACUUUGACCCGUAUCUUGUUGACCCGGAUUUCGAAUUCGAUGCGAGUUUGGGCAUCAAUCUUCCGGGUGCAGCCAUAGGAGGCGCGACAGCCGAUGACAUGGGCAUGGGAGCUGCAAUUAAUUGGAUGGUCAACACUGAAUGCAUGGCUGGCUUCAGCAGCGCUAGUACCCCUGCCCAAACGAACUUUGGCCCGGCAACAGGAACUAUGGCAAAUGCUCACCUUACGGAGGGAGACUACAGAUACGCCAGACGUACACGCACCAAUAGUUCGCCACGUAAGGGUAGGAAGCGGGCUUUGGACGUGCCCCAGGCGUUGCUGCCAGAUGGCAAUUUCUAUGGCCUCGAAAGCUCGUCGAUCUACAAUGAGUCGCCACAAAAACGGCACGCCGCUCAGCUACAACACAUACAUACAGCUAUCCCAACCAACACAGUGUCUCGCUGUCCUCCUUCGCAAGUCUACCCAUCACCUGCGGCCGAGGCACAGCAAGAGCGAGACGCUGAUGACGAGGAGGACGAGGUGGAAGAGGAGGACGAAGAGGACGA